CUCAAGUCUCAGGAGGGAGCACAAGUAGCUAGCGCUCUUCUUUUGAAAGUAACAUUGGCUCUGUGUGCAACCGGUCGGCAGGUACAGAGGGAACUGGACACAGACUCAAGAUACUGAAACGCGCUUGCCACAUUUAUUUGUACUUAACACUAUUUGGUUGUGCCUUUCAAGGACAUCUGGAUCUAGUAGCAGGUGAAGCAGACAGAAAGGGGAUGUGCAAUGGCAUCGGUGCGGGUAGUUGUCCGGCUCAGGCCUAUGAACAGACGGGAGAAGGAUUUGACUGCCAAAAACAUCAUUGAAAUAAAAGAGGACAAGACCACCAUUACAAACUUGAGGAUACCAGAUGGCAUUACUGGGGAUUCGAUGAGGGAGAGAAAAAAGACCUUCACCUAUGACUUCUCCUAUGACUCUGCCGACAGUAAAAGCAACACCUUUAUCUCUCAAGAAAAGGUGUUCAAAGACCUGGGCUCAGAUGUCCUCAAGGCUGCGUUCCAAGGCUAUAACGCCUGCAUCUUCGCCUACGGCCAGACCUGCUCGGGGAAGUCCUACACCAUGAUGGGAAAUCCAGGAGAUGCUGGUCUCAUUCCACGGAUAUGUGAGGGUCUGUUCAGCCGGAUUGCUGGGAUGACUCGUUGGGAUGAGGCCUCCUUCCGCACCGAGGUCAGCUACCUGGAGAUCUACAAUGAACGUGUCAGGGACCUGCUCAGGAGGAAGUCUACCCAAACCUACAACCUGAGGGUGAGGGAGCACCCAAAAGAUGGACCCUACGUGGAAGACCUGUCCAAGCACUUGGUGCAGAACUAUCACGACGUGGAGGAACUGAUGGAGGCGGGCAACAUCAACCGCACCACGGCCGCCACGGACAUGAACGACACCAGCAGCCGCUCGCACGCCAUCUUCACCAUCAACUUCACCCAGGCUAAGUUUGACACGGAGAUGCCCUGCGAGACGAUCAGUAAAAUCCACCUGGUGGACUUGGCGGGCAGCGAGAGAGCGGACGCCACCGGUUCCACGGGAGUCCGGCUCAAGGAGGGCGGCAACAUCAACAAGUCACUGGUCACCCUGGGCAACGUCAUCUCCGCUCUAGCGGACCUGAGCCAGGACGGAGUGAACACCAACCUGAAGAAGAAGCAGGUGUUUGUGCCUUACAGAGACUCUGUGCUAACGUGGCUCCUCAAAGACAGCCUGGGAGGCAACUCCAAGACCAUCAUGAUCGCUACCAUUUCACCUGCUGACGUCAACUACGGCGAGACGCUGAGCACUCUGCGCUACGCCAACCGCGCCAAGAACAUCAUCAACAAGCCCACGAUCAACGAGGACUGCAACGUCAAGCUCAUCCGAGAGCUCAGGGCUGAAAUCGCCCGGCUGAAGACCCUAUUGGUCCAGGGAAACCAGAUUGCACUACUGGAUUCACCCACUGCUCUGAGCAUGGAGGAGAAACUACACCAGAAUGAAGCCAGAGUGUUGGAGUUAACCAAGGAGUGGACUAACAAGUGGAAUGAAACUCAGAACAUUCUCAAGGAAGAAACCCUUGCCCUGAGGAAAGAGGGAAUCGGUGUCGUCCUUGAUUCGGAGUUGCCUCAUCUAAUUGGUAUUGACGACGACCUCCUAAGUACUGGCAUCAUCCUCUACCAUCUAAAGGAGGGCAGGACAUAUGUUGGUCGAGACGACGCGUCGACUGUUCAGGACAUUGUUCUCCAUGGGCUGGACCUGGAGAGUGAACACUGCAUGUUUGCGAACCAGACCGGCACCGUCACCCUGGUUCCACUCAAUGGGGCCCAGUGCUCCGUGAAUGGAGUGCAAGUGACCGAAGCCUCCACACUAAACCAAGGUGCUGUUAUCCUACUGGGGAGAACCAACAUGUUCCGUUUCAACCACCCUAAAGAGGCAGCUAAACUAAGGGAAAAGAGGAAGAGUGGACUGCUCUCCUCUAGUCUGUCUAUGACCGAUCUCAACAAAUCAUGUGAGAACCUCUCCACAGUAAUGCUCUACAACCCAGGGUUGGAAAUUGAGAGGCAGCAACGGGAAGAGCUGGAGAAGCUGGAACACAAAAGGAGGCUGAUUAAGGAGAUGGAAGACAGGCAGAAGUGUGAGAAGGUGGAGCUGGAGCGCCUGCAACAGGAGGUGGAGUCCCAGCGCAAGGAGUCUGAUCAGGUGCAGCAGCGCAUCCGCCGCCAGGAGGAGACCCUCCGCUGCCGCAGCCAGGACAUCGAGAGCCGCCUGCGCGACCUCUUGACUGAGAAGCAGCGCUUUGAGGAGGAGCGCCACCGUGAGACCAAGGAGCUGGAGCUACAGAGGCGCCAGCGGCUGAAGCAGCAGGAGGAGCACGAGGAUGAGAAGCCACAGGACGAGGAGGCGCGCCGCCAUAGCGAGGCGGCAGAGCGUGCCGAGCAGACAGAGAUCUUCCGUGAGCUGGAACGGCUGAAGCGGGAGAACGAGGAGCAGGCGGUGCGGCUGGAGGCGGAGAGGCGGAGGUUGGAGGAGGGCGAGCUGGAGCAGCUAGGCCUGGUUGGGCGCCUGGAAGAGCAGCUGAGGGAGCGCCACGAGGCGGCGGCUGCCCUGCUGACCCGCGAGGACACCCGGCGCCUGGACGAGGAGCGCCGUGCCUUGGCCGAAAUCCGCGAGGCCCUGCUCUGCGCCAAGGAGGCCAGCGGGCGCUCCGACUAUGACGGACUGGAUGUGGAGGCCGGGCACGCUGCCCAGGUCCGUUACACGGACUUCAAGGCAGCACAGGUGGAGGAGCUGGGUCAGUUGGAGGAGGGGCUCCUGCAGCAGAAGAAGUGCCUGGAGAAGGAGGUGUCUUCAGAGCGCGCUGCCCUGGCCCUCCUGGUCCACGCCCACAAGGAGCGGCAGCGAAAGCUGCGCGAGACCCAGGAGAAGGGAGCGCAGGACGCCUCUGAACUCUCCCAGGAGGAGCAGCGGAUGCACCAGGCCGAGCAGUGCCUCCUCUUCAAGGAGCGCCGGCUAGCCAGCCUAACCGACAGCCUCCUGCCGGCGGUGGCCGAGGAGAGGCAGAGGGCGGAGGAGCUGCUGAAACUCGGAACCUCCACUGGUGCUGACAGCAUAUCCAACAUAUCCCUGGGACUAGACAACACCCUGUACCAGGUGGAGAAGGAACUUGAGGAGAAGGAGGAGCGCCUUACCUCACACUGCGCCAGCGCCGAGCAGCUUCAGCAGCUGCAGGAGACGUACGAGUUCACGGCCAACGUGGCGCGCCAGGAGGAGAAAGUGCGGCGCAAGGAGAAGGAGAUCCUGGAGUCGCGGGAGAAGCAGCAGCGUGAGGCCCUGGAGCAGGCGGUGGCGCGCCUGGAGAGAAGGCACUUAGCGCUGAGGCGCAGUGUCUCGCUGGCCCCCGAGAGUGAGGAAUCCAGGCCCAAGGCCUCCAUUCUGGGGCUCGCGCGGGUACUCGACCAGAAGAGGGUGGAGCGGGAGAUCCAUAAGCUGAGGCAGAGGAUCAGUAAAACUGAGGGAAGUGGAAGGAGUCACACUGGGAGCGGCGAUGAAAAGACCAGUCUCAGCACCCCCCCUGUCAGCCCAAUCCAGAGCCUACCCCCAGUGCUUCCUAUCGCAGAUGACGGGAUAAAUGCAUACAUUGAGGAGGAGGUUAAGAGAAGGUUACAGAAGCUGAACCUCUUCAAUGGUGACAAAAACAUUGAGCUCUCACUUUCAUCUGAAUCUCUGCAGGAUGACAACAAGCGGCAAAACCCUGUCAACCCUAGGAAAUUGAAAUAUGAGAUCACUGUAAUGGAUGAAACGUGGACCGUCUUCAGGAGAUACAGCCGCUUUCGGGAAAUGCACAAAACUCUCAAGAUGAAAUACCCCGAGCUUGCAGCUUUAGAAUUCCCUCCCAAAAAACUCUUUGGAAACCGAGAUGAGCGAAUGGUUGCAGAGCGGCAGAGUCACUUGGAGAAAUAUCUGAAAAACUUCUUCAGGGUUAUGAUGUCGCCGACCUCGGGCUCUCCACUCCGCACUGAUUCGGACUCUGAGGGUGGUCUGCAGCUGUCCAAGUACACCAUCUGUGACUUCUCCCCGUUCUUCAAGAAGGGCGUCUUUGACUACAGCAGCCAUGGAACUGGUUGAAGACAUUUUAGAUGAGGAUGGGUUGGAGCUAGCCUUGCCCCAGAUCAUUUUGUGCUGUUUUGCCAUUUCCUAUUGUCAUGCAUUGACCAUUGGAGUUGGCGAGAUGGCGCAAACAGAUCUGUGACCAGGCUACGAUGGAG